GCAGCUGGAAGAGGAGCAGAGAGGGCUGGCACGCGGUCCAGCUGCGACCAGAUGACUGAGCUCAGCUGCUAAACACGCCAACAACAACACACCAACAUUCACAACUUGCUGCCGAGCGCGCCACGAGAUGACUUGUGCGCACUGCAGGGUUAAUGUGCCGUGAAAAAAAAACAACCGCAUAGCCCAUUCAGAGAGCAUCAACCCAGCCAUCAACUCCGAGGAGGGAUCCGAGUGCAUCUCCUCUGAUGACUUGUUGGGUUUCGAUCAUCGGCGCCUUCUCUCCGCAGGACCCAGCGUUCCCACUUUGGGGCCAAACAGGCGUUUUGAGUGUGAUGGUGCUGGUGAUGUAACGUUUUGCAUCUCAGUCCACAACUGUUCUUACUGUCGCCUCAUCUCCCAGAGCAUGGGACCCUUCAAACUCUAAAGUGAAAGGCACGGGAGUCAAACCAGAGUGAGAGAGAGAAACGAGGGGACAAACAGAGAGGAAAGCGACGAUGGAGUCCAUACUGUCAGAGCAGUCAGCCGGAGUGGACGAGCUGGUGGAAGCGUGCAUCCAAGCUUUUGAUGAGAGUGGCACUUUGAAGGAUGUGUCCUUGGUUCGCAUGUUCCUCAUGAUGCACCCUUGGUACAUCCCCUCAACCGACAUGGCUAAGAAGCUUGUGCUCAAAUCUCAAGAGGAGAGCUGCACUGCUGAGCGCCGGACACGAAUAUGCCACCUUGUCAAGUACUGGAUCUCCGAGUUUCCAGCAGAGUUCAAUCUGAGCCCGGAGCUAUCCGACCAGAUCAAAGACUUUAAAGACCUCUUGACCACUGAGGGCAACGAGCGCCAGAGUCAGCUCAUUGACCUCGACAGUGUGCCGUCAUAUAAAUGGAAGCGGCAGGUGACCCAGCGUGUCCCAUCAGUGUCCAAAAAGAGGAAAAUGUCUCUACUGUUUGACCACCUUGAUUCCUGUGAACUGGCUGAACACCUGACAUACCUGGAGUACAAAUCCUUCUGCAAGAUCCUGUUCCAGGACUACCACAGCUUUGUGAUGCAUGGCUGCACGGUGGAUAACCCCAUCCUGGAGCGCUUCAUCACCCUUUUCAACAGCGUCUCCCAAUGGAUCCAGCUCAUGGUGCUCAGCAAGCCCACCGCCUCGCAGAGAGCUGCUGUCAUCUCCCACUUCAUCCGAGUGGCACAGAAGCUGCUGCAGUUGCAGAACUUCAACACGCUGAUGGCUGUGGUGGGCGGCCUCAGCAACAGCUCCAUCUCUCGCCUCAAAGACACGCAGACCCACAUCAGCGCUGAGACCAACAAGGUUUUCAACAACCUCAUUGAACUAGUGACAUCAUGUGGGAACUACAGUCAAUACCGCAAGCGCUUCUCCGAGUGCUCGGGCUUCCGCUUCCCCAUCCUUGGCGUGCACCUGAAAGACCUGAUAGCCGUGCAUGUGGCGCUGCCAGACUGGGUGGACAAAGAGAAGACGCGGGUCAACCUGGCUAAGACCCAACAGCUGUACGCCAUCCUGCAAGAGCUGGCGCUGAUCCAGACCACGCCGCCUAACGUGGAUGCCAACACGGACCUGCUCAACCUGCUUACGGUGUCUCUGGACCAGUACCACACAGAGGAGGAGAUCUACCAGAUGUCUCUACAGAGAGAACCUCGCAAGCCGGCGCAGAACUCCAGCCCUGCCCCUGCGCCUGAACCCAAACCCACCAUGAUCGAUGAUUGGGCUGUGUCGGUGAAGCCUAACGCCGACCCCACAGUCAUCAAAAAACACAUCGAAAAGAUGGUGGAGUCGGUCUUCAAAAACUUCGACUCAGAUGGUGACGGCCACAUCUCCAGGGACGAAUUUGAAAUAAUCAGGAACAACUUCCCAUACCUCAGCAAGUUUGGAGAACUGGACAAGAACCAAGACGGGAAGAUCAGCCGAGAGGAGAUGAUAGACUACUUUAUGAAAGCCAGCUCUCUGCUCAACUGCAAGAUGGGCUUCAUCCACACUUUCACUGAGACCACCUAUGUCAAGCCCACGUUCUGCGAGCAUUGUGCCGGCUUUAUAUGGGGAUUCUACAAGCAAGGCUACAAGUGUAAAGCCUGUGGGGUGAACUGCCACAAGGCCUGCCGAAGCCGCCUGGCCGUUGAGUGCCGGAAGAGGACAAAGAGCAUCAGCCACGAGACGCCGCCGGUACUCCAGGCCAGAUCCUACAGCUUCCCUCCACCUGCCAACACCCCACCCAGCCUGCAGAACACAGUAAUUGCCGAAGAGGACAUAGAGACAGUGGAGGAGGGAGUGUUUGAUGUCCACCUAUAACCAGAAUCCCUCCUACGGUCGGUGUGCAAGAAGAAGCCAAAUGAGCGACUGUCGGGAGCCAGACACGGAAUGUGCUACAGUUUGUCAGUGUUUACAACCCCUCAACACUGAUGAGAAAUUGCACUGAACACAAGCCAGGAUACCUACAUGCUGCCACUCAGUGGACACGUACUGCAACAACAACUCACAUGAAUGUGACGACCAAUGUGAAUGGAAUGUCUUUGUAUAGUGUACAAUUUCUGCAUUUGGAUUAUAUGUCGACCAAGAGUGUUAUUGUUACUAUAUAUAAAAAGAAAAAAAAUCCAUAAAAUUGUAUUUUCUUGGUGGAAUGUUUAAGUCAGUUCAUAAUUUGAGUGCACUUUGCUGCAAAUUGGAAUGGCUGUCUAUUUUUUCUUUCUCUAAAAACAUAAAAGAGGUGCUGUUAUUGCCAAGAAUGUAAACCUGCCACCCCGACAAAGCUACCGUCUUCUUUGUCUGACAGCUAUUUAUCGUCUUUCAUGUUGUUUUGGAAUACAUUUCAAUGGACCAAUAAUAGGGCCAAUUUUGAUGUCAGAUAAAAUAUUGUUGAUCUGUGGUACCUGUCUGAAGCAUGAUGACAAAAGCAAGUGUUUGGCCGACAAAAGAAAAUGACUGUGUGUACAGUUAUAAUUAGGACGGACUUUGAACAAUGUUAUAUUUUUGUCAUGUUUACCUGGAUAUCAGUAACUGUCCUAUAGUUAUUGCCGUGGUGUUGUUUUUCAGUGUACAGUACUGUCUUGUACUCUUGCAGUACUGUGAAUGUAGCACAAACAGUGAAAAGCUGCUGUCAGAUGAAGAUCUCAUUUCCUCCCAAUAAAGACUGUAUGUUGACAGCAGAGAGCAGGGGGCUGGUUAACUUCCCGCUGAUUUCAUCGAUCAGUUUCUGAAUUUCUGUCAGUAAAAAUAAAAUAAUCAAAAGAAUAAUGCCAAAAUGGAAGCUUUUCAUUUGACAGCAGUGUAUAAAUCUUAUAUUAUUUCCCUGAAAAUCUGUUUUGAUGCAAGAUGUAUUUUGUUGUUUUUUUUAUCCUGCAUGCUUCUCCCGUCAUGGCUCUAUUCUCUGGCCAGACAGGAUUUUUGAUUUUUCAUCUUUUUUUUUUUUUAAUGCAGCACGCAAAGCUAUUUAGGAAACAUGAAAAUUGGAAAGAAAUGUUUCUGUUGCUUUGUGCCUGUGCAGAGAUGAAUUCAGACUUCCGAGUGCCAUAUUGUUAAGUGCUGGUUUGUCAUUGAGUGAGGCUCCUCCCGAUGCUGGUAUUUAUUUUUCUGUAUAAAUAUCUAAAUAGCUGCUGGUC